AUGGAUGCUCGUCAGGUGCUGCAGAGUACCCUCGCGCCAGAUGCGGCGGAGCGUACCAAUGCUGAGCAGCAGCUCGCCCACGCGGCCGAGGUUGACUUCGCCGCCUAUCUUAUCACUCUGGGUCAAGAACUAGCCAACGAUGAGAGCCCUGCCCAUAUUCGUGUUGCCGCCGGUAUCGCCUUGAAGAACGCCUUCACCUUCCGAGACCAGGCUAAGCUGCGUGAGGUGCAACAGCGAUGGAUUCAACAAAUCAACCCCGAGACCAAGACUCAGGUCAAGGAGCUCGCCCUGAAGACCCUCCACUCUACCAACACCCAGUCCGGAAAUGCCGCUGCCACUUUGAUCGUUUCCAUUGCGGCCAUCGAGCUGCCCCGCAAGGAGUGGCCCGACCUGAUGAACAUUCUCGUCCAGAACGUGGCGAGCGGUAGCGACUCCCUGAAGCAAUCCUCCCUGACAACUAUUGGUUAUAUUUGCGACUCCCAAGAUACCGAACUUCGUGAGAGUUUGAUCGAACACUCAAAUGCCAUCCUGACGGCUGUCGUCCAAGGUGCCCGCCGUGAGGAGCCCAACAUGGAGGUCCGCUUUGCUGCCAUCAACGCUCUUAGCGAUGCCGUUGACUUUGUGCGGUCCAACAUGGAUAACGAGGGUGAGCGCAACUACAUUAUGCAGGUUGUCUGCGAGGCCACUCAGGCCGAUGAGGUCCGUGUGCAGGCUGGUGCAUUCGGCUGUCUGAACCGUAUCAUGGGCGCAUACUAUGAGAAGAUGCGCUUCUACAUGGAGAAGGCUCUGUUCGGCCUGAGCAUCAUGGGCAUGAAGAGCGAGGAGGAGGAAGUCUCCAAGCUCGCCAUCGAAUUCUGGUGCACCGUUUGCGAAGAAGAGAUUGCCAUCGAGGACGACAAUGCCGAGGCGGCCCAAGAAGGCGUCGAGGCCCGUCCUUUCUUUGGCUUUGCCCGUGUGGCUACUCGCGAGGUCCUCCCCGUUCUGCUGCAAGCUAUGUGCCGCCAGGAUGAGGAUGCCACUGAUGAGGAAUAUAAUGUUUCGCGCGCUGCCUACCAAGCGCUGCAGCUCUACGCUCAAUGCGUGCAGGGCGAUGUUAUCCAGCCCGUUGUUGCCUUCGUUGAGGAGAACAUCCGCAAUGAGGACUGGCACUAUCGCGAUGCUGCCGUUGCUGCUUUCGGUGGUAUCAUGGAGGGCCCCGAGCCCCGCGUUUUGGAGCCCCUCAUCAAGCAGGCUCUGCCUGUCCUCCUUGGUAUGAUGGAGGACAACUCCGUCUCGGUUCGUGAUUCCACUGCCUACGCCCUGGGCCGCGUCUGUGACUGCUGCCCUGAGGUUCUCGAUCCCGAGGUCCACCUGCAGCCCCUUAUCUCCUGCCUUUUCAAUGGCCUUGCCAGCAGCCCCAAGAUUGCCAGCUCCUGCUGCUGGGCUCUUAUGAACGUUGCCGACCGAUUCGCUGGUGAUGCCGGCUCCCAGACCAACCCCCUGUCUAAGCACUUCGAGGAAAGUGUCAAGUCUCUCCUAACAGUGACUGAGCGACAGGAUGCUGACAACCAGCUCCGUACUGCUGGAUACGAGGUUCUCAACUCCUUCGUCCUUAACUCCGCCAACGACAGCCUCGCUAUGGUUGCUACUCUCUCAGACGUCAUCCUCCAGCGCCUUGAACAGACCAUCCCUAUGCAGCAACAGGUCGUCAGCGCCGAGGACCGCAUGCUUCUUGAGGAGAUGCAGACCAGCUUGAUCAGUGUCAUCCUGGCCAUCGUCCAGCGCUUCGAAACCGACAUCAAGCCCCAGGCCGACCGCAUUAUGACUGUCCUGCUCCAGGUUCUCCAGACCGUUGGAGCCAAAUCCAGUGUCCCUGAUGUUAUCUUCGCCACCGUUGGUGCUAUUGCCAGCGCUAUGGAGGAGGACUUCGUUAAGUACAUGGAGCAGUUUAGCCCCUUCCUGUACAAUGCCUUGGGCAACCAGGAGGAACCCGCUCUAUGCGCCAUGGCCAUCGGUCUCGUCAGCGAUAUUGCCCGUGCCAUGAACGACAAGGUUCAGCCUUACUGCGACCACUUCAUGAACCUGCUUCUGGGCAUUUUGCGGACUGCUACCAACCAGCUCAAGCCUGCAAUCCUAGAGACUUUCGGUGACAUUGCCCAGGCUAUUGGAACCCAGUUCGACACUUACCUCACUGUUGUCGGCGGUGUCCUCCAGCAAGCCUCUUCGGUUACCACCAGCUCUGACCUUCCAUACGACAUGGUCGACUACAUUGUCUCCCUCCGCGAGGGUAUCAUGGAUGCCUGGGGUGGUAUCCUGCUUUCUUACAAGGGCACACCUUCGAUCACUCAGCUCCAACCAUUCAUCGAGUCCAUCUUCCAGCUCCUUCACAUCAUUUCGCAGGAGGGUAACCGCAGCGAGGGCCUGAUGCGUUCCUCCAUGGGCGUUCUCGGCGAUCUUGCCGAUUCUUUCCCCAACGGCGAGCUGGCUCAUUACUUCCGCAACGACUGGGUCACCGCUCUCGUCCGUGAGACCCGUACCACCCGCCAGUACAGCCCUCGGACCAUUGAGACCGCCCGCUGGACUCGCGAGCAGGUCAAGCGCCAAAUCAACCUUGGCGCUGGCAUGUCUUAA